AAAUUGGUGUGCCUUUUUAUUAUCUACUAUUUAUUUUUCAGAAGAAAAAAAUGUUACGCCAGUCUAUUCCACCUCAUCAACAGGCAUUUGAGUCAUCUUCAGAUAGUCACGAAGAUCUCCAAUUAAAUCGGUCUCUUUUACUUGAUAUUGUACAAGAAAAUCAUUUGCUCUAUCACAUGGAGAAAAGAGAUCGCCCAAACAACAUGAUUCGAAUUUUAGUGGAAUUACAUCAAUUAGGUGCUUCCCAGGAACAGCUCACGCUCGCUUAUGGAAAGGCUAGGCAAGAUGCACAACCCAUUCGAAUUUCCAAUAGAAUCGAUCAAACUAAUUGGGAAGAGUUUCUCGGAAAUUGGAGUCUGUAUGGCGAUUACUUGGUAUUCUUUGAUAAUCAAUUGUCUAUUUUGGGAUUAGAGGAAACGUUGAACAGAUAUUUUUAUUCUAUUCCGAAAUCUCUCGGUUCACAAUUACAACCACUGGUUCAACUAGCCUUUGGCAUCGAGCAUGAUUUACCAUUAAUUAUCACACAAGCAUUAGCGUAUUAUGCUACCUCUUAUUUAGACGUCGGUAGCAUUCUAGACUAUUGUCAGCAUCAGACAAACACAUCCAAAAGCACAUGUACAGCAAACACUAUCCUAUUUGAUUAUAUUAGUUCCGAUCAACGCUUCGAUGGCAAAAUGGAAGGAAACAAUACUUUUCAUUCAGCAGUAAAGCUCUUGAUCAAGAGUAAGUCCGACCUGAUAAAGACAUACAUGCAUACAUGGUCUACUUCUUCUCCGGGUGAUAUGACAGAACAACUUGAAUCUCUAUUAGAAACAGCUACCAGAUUAACACAGCAUGCAUCACGUCAACCGCAAGAAAAUGUCAUUGAUUUAGAUUGGUUCAUGGCGGGUGGACAGAUGAUGGAUGCCGUAUUUGCAGUCAAACGAUUGAUCCGUUCGGAAAACGAUCAAGAUUUGGUGGAUUUACUAUUUUUAUCAAUGCUCUGUACAUUUGUUGUACAAGGAAGACCUGCACUUGUUGUACACAAACAGACAACCGGUUUCAUGAAGUGGGAAGACUGUAUCUCCACUAUCGUUCAAUCGGCUGAACCUAAAUCUAUUUUGGCACUAGCUUCCAUUGUCAAAGCUUCUCAUUAUAACCCCACCCCGUAUCUUUCCAUUGCGAACACAUUGGCUCAAUUUGUCUUGAUGGAUGGUACCUGGGUGAAAGGUGGCAUUGGCUGGUCAAAGUAAAAUGUUCUUUUCCCCUUACCUUGUCGAUCUUCUUUCUACUAUAUUCCCCUCUCCCAAUAAAUAUCACACGUGUUUUAUUCAUUCGCUCCUUUCU